AUGGACCUUGGAAAUAAUAAAUUGGAGUAUAAUUUGAACAUCGAGUCUGAACUAACUAACCUUCCCUUUCCUGGUGACCGAAAUAUAGAAGAAAAGCUGAUAUCGACAAUGAUUACUCCUCCUUCCAUGCCUGAAGGAGGGUUUGGAUGGUUGACAGUUAUUGCCACAUUCUUCUUGAAUUUUACGGUUGAUGGGAUUAAUGGUUCCGCUGGAAUUAUCCUUCCUGAACUUCAGCGUUACUACAACAGUUCGAUCGAAGAAACGACAUUGGUCUUGUCUCUGCUCAUUCUCUUCACAUACAUUUCGUCUCCAAUGGCUGCUAUUCUGAUGGAUAAACUAAAACCGCGAACUAUUGUAAUAUUCUUUGGAUUGAUAGCUACUCUGUCAGUGACAUUGACUUAUUUCGUUGUUUCCGUGAAACUCAUUGCCUUCACAUUUGGAGUACUUCCAGGUAUCUCUUUCAGUAUGUGUGUAAUGUGUGCUCAAGUUAUGAUUAGUCUUUAUUUUGAUAAAAAACGGGCUCUGGCUUACAGUAUUACAGGAGUAGGAAGUGGACUAGGGUCCAUUCUAAUGCCUUUUCUAACUUCUAUGAUUGUUAACAAGCAUGGAUUUAGAUUCAUUUUCUUCUUUUGGGGAGGACUUUGUUUUUUAUUGCUCAUUCUUGGACCCUUAUAUUUUCCUCUAAAAUUGGCCGAAGAUUACGAAAACAAUUUCAAAAAUCAAUCAGAGAAAAUAAGCGUUGAUUUGGGUGAUGAUUCUUCUGCAGUAUAUAUGAGAGAUCUGGGAAACGUCAGCAUUGAUCCUUGGUUAGAAACCACGAAUCUUAUUUCAGUAAAGAAUCAUUCGAUGUGGAUCAAUUUUAUCCUAUUGAGAAAAGGUCAACCGACACUAUCAUUUGCAGCGACUCCAAGCCUCGAAAAAUAA